AUGGCCCGUCCAUCCAAGAAACAGCUCGCUGAGGCUGCUAAAGUCGACGUGCCGGCCAAGGUCAUUGACGUCGACAACUUUAUCAGAGUUCGCGAUUCGGUAUAUGCACGUCUGUCUACCAUCCAGGACCUGUUGAAGACGUUCUCGACGGACUACCUGCGCCAGACCAACCUCCUCCUUGGUGAGGGCACCAACCUGGAGCAGCCGGCCGAGUUUGCAGGGUUUGAGAAUGCCAUCAACCUGCUGCCGAACCCCGGCCCGCUAUUGCAGCCGAUGGCUGCUGUAGCGCAGCCGGCGGUUGAGGAGAAGAAGGAGCGGAAGAAGCGCACACACGACCCCAACGCACCUAAGCGACCGUUGACGCCGUACUUCCUGUACAUGCAGACGGCACGCCCUAUCAUUGCCAACGAUCUGGGGGUGGAGGCGCCGAAAGGUGCCGUCCAGGAGGAGGGCCAGCGUCGGUGGAGCACGAUGAACGCGCACGACAAGGGUGGCUGGGACCGGGCAUACCAAUACAACCUGCGGCUGUACAAUGCACGGGUGCACUCGUAUAAGUCUGGCAAUGGCAACGCCCGUCUGAUGACGGACGAGGAGGCGCUGAGGUAUGCCGAUGAGUUUCACAUCCCGAUGCCGACUAGCAAGGAGGUGGACACCAGCAACGACCAAGAGGCGAUUGCGGAGCAGCUCCAGGCUGGCCCAGUCGAGGAGGAGGAAGAGGAAGAGGAAGAGGAGCAGCCGGCAGCCAAGACGCCCAAGUCAGCGAAGAAGGUGACUGGAAAGCGGAAGACGGCGACUCCUGGUGCAGAAGCAGAGGUGGCGACUCCGGCCAGCCCCGACAAGAAGCGCAAGCGACCCUCCAAGGUAACUGAGGAGAAAGAGCCAGAGCCCAAGAAGUCCGGACGCAAGAAGGCUAAGAGCGGUUAG